ACCAAUGAGAAAGCGUCGUGUCGUUUGAACCGGGGAGCGGGACUCUAUCCUGAGCUGUUGUUGAAAACGGAAUAAAGACUUAUAUUUCAUCCCGUAACUAAAUUCAUUAUUUUUUUUAGCUUCACAUCAAAAAAUAUAAAAAGGUGUGAUAACGGAUAGAGACGGUUACCACGGUAAUGUUUGAGUUCGUCGGUUCCCGAUCUUCUUGUUGGUGAAAAAAAAAAAAGAGUAAAGAUGAACCGAGCAGGCCGCCCGUUGUUCAUGAAGACCUACGGCAAACAGAACCGGAAGUUGGAGGCCUGGAUCUCCCCUGACAACCGUAAACAGGUUUUCGCCAGCACCUCUUCCUCUGACCUGUCCAUCGCUGAGCCCUCCAGCCCCAAACCCCCGGCCAAGAGAGGGAGAAAGAGAAGUACAGCAGAUGGCAGUAGAGCGCUGCGGCCGGCGAAGACCAAAGCGCUGUCCUGUCUGAGAGAGCAGGACAGUGAUGAAGAGAACAUCUUCAUCGUCCCUCCUCCCCAGCAGCAGAGCAACAACACAGCCAGGAAGCCAUUCUUGAGGCGUAAGGCCCGGCGUAUUGUGAGCUCCAGUGAGAGUGAUGGAGAGACAACGACCACCAGACGACUCAACCCGAAACACUCCAAACACACCACAGCUAGAGACAGGACACACACACAUCCGUCUCCAGUUUUGGCUCCAGGGAAGUUUGUGACUCAUCGUAGGGGAGCAACAACCGCCAAACACAAAGCCCCCAAGAGGAAACUCAGUGUCCUGCUGGCCCAGCUCAGCCUCAACUCCUCCGAUGACUUCGUCCAGGGUGGAAGAGAAGUACGGGUCCAGCGUUCCUUCCCUCGCCGUGCCAAACAGGGGCGUGCCCUGGCCAACGCUGACAGCUCAUUGGUCGACCUGGGUAACAGCGGAGUAACCAACAGUAACGAUUUCCUGCGAGACAUCUCUCUGAACGUGUCGCCCGAGCGCUCCUGCCACAGGAAACCUCUCUUCUCCUCCACCCCCAGUUCACGUUCCUCCCUCCUCCUCCUCCUCCUCCUUCCUUCGUCCGUCCACCCAACCUCGCCAGUGACAUCAUCUCUCUGAACACCACCGAGGAGGAGGAGCUCGACGUUCCAGAGGACCCCGUCUCUCUCACAGAGCUGGGCCAGGCAGUGGGACAACCAGAGGUAGGAAACCGUGAAGAGCCGACUCCCCGUGGAUCAACCAGUCUGAGGAGUAACGGGAGCCGGAAUGGAGGCUCGGCCAUCCAAGAUGGCGUCGGUGAGCAGCCGAGCCCGGAGCUGUUCUCCGCGGUUGCCUGUGAGAAGACUGACCCGGACAGGACCGGGGAGGAAACUGAGGACGGCAGCCAUUUUGUGUUGGCGACGGUGGGACAGGAUUGGCUGGCCGAGGUAGUGAAGGCGAGGUGUCUGACACGGUGCUGUGUCGUACGGCUGGAGAGAGUGCACAAACUGCACGGCAACACCAGUGA